CUGGAUGUGGCGCCGACCUUCGACCAGGAGGCCGCGCGCGUGAUCGCGGCGCUGCCUGCCGUGGAGCGGCUGGUGACCAGCCCGUUGCGCCGCUGCAUGCGGCUGGCGGAACGGAUCGGCGCUGUCCGCGGCCUCGUUCCGGUGGUGGACGAGAGGCUCAGGGAGAUGGCUUUCGGCCGUUGGGAGGGCAUGCCGUGGGAGACCAUCGCCCGGGCCGAGCUGGACGCAUGGGCGGCGGAUUUCUUUCACGCCCGGCCCCACGGCGGCGAGAGCGUGGAGAUGGUGCGCCGACGGGUGCGCGCGGCCCUGGCCGACUACCGGCGUAGGGGCGUGUCCCAUGCGGUGGUAACCCAUGCCGGCAUCAUCAAGGCCGCGCGGGCGCAGGCCGGCCACGCGGACGCAUGGACCGCCAGCGUCGACUUCGGCGGCACGGUGUGUCGUCGGGCCGCCAGAGGAACCGGACGGCGCGCGGUUGGGGUAGCGCAGGGUCCAAUCAUGGAACCAGGAUCCUAUCAUCCACGGCACGGCGGCGACCUUUCCGCCGCCCGACGGGCAUUCGGCUCGCCGCCGUCCGGGUGGCUCGAUCUCUCCACCGGCGUCAACCCCUGGCCUUAUCCACACGGGAUCAUCCGUCCGGAAACACUCACCCGACUGCCGCAGGAUGACGCGAUGGAGGCAUUGCUGGCCGCGGCCCGACACGCCUAUGGCAUCCCGCGGGCCAACGGCCUGGCCGCGGCUCCGGGAAGUCAGGCGCUCUUCCAGAUGCUGCCGGCCAUGAGGCCGCGGUCCCGGGUGGCCGUUCUGGCGCCCACCUACGAAGAACAUGCCGUGGCGUGGCGCCGGCUGGGCCACGCCGUGGACGAGGUCGGUUCACUCAAGAAAUGCGGCGAUUCCGACGUGGCGGUGGUGGUCAACCCGAACAAUCCCGACGGCCGUACCACGGGCCGAGGGACACUGGCGGGAAUCGCUGAAGCACUGGCGCGGCGCGGAGGUUGGCUGGUGGUGGACGAAACCUUUGCCGACAACAGCCUUUACCGCCACGUGGCCGACGUCGCGGGGGCGCUGGAGCGCGACGGGGUUGAAGCCGGUCGGACUGCGGUGGCGCACAUUGUCGGGCGUGAUCCCGAAUCCCUCGAUGGCCAUGGUGUUGCCCGAAGCGCUGUCGAAUCCCUCGCCGAGAACUUUGGCGACGGCGUGGUGGCGCCGGUCUUGUGGGGCCUGAUCCUCGGCCUCCCGGGUAUCGUUGCAUACAAGGCCCUGAACACAGCGGACAGCAUGAUCGGUCAUCUCGACCACCGUUACCGCGAGUUCGGGUGGGCCGCCGCGCGGCUGGACGAUGUGGCCAACUGGGUGCCCGCGCGUGUCGCCGGUUUCUUGUUGGCGGUAUCGGGUAUCCAACGGGGCGCCGGCCGCACGAGGGACGCCCUGGAGGUCAUGUGGCGGGAUGGCGGCACCCAUCGCUCGGUCAACGCGGGUUAUCCCGAGGCAUCCAUGGCCGGCGCGCUGGGUCUGCGCCUGGCCGGCCCGCGUCGAUACCAGGGGGUUGUGACCGACGACCCGUGGCUGGGCCACGGCAGCAUCGAAGCCACCGCCGCCGAUAUCCGGCGGGGCCUCCGGGUCUAUGUCGGCGCUUGCCUGCUUUUGGCCGUGCUGAUGGCAGGGUUGUGGGCUGCGUCGCGGCUCCUUGCCGGGAUGCCGCUGCCGUGA